AUGUCAGACUAUUUGAAUGGGGGUCUGCGAAUUAUUAAUCUUGACAUCAAAAGCAAAGCAUUGUUGAUUGGUCGUGUCUUCCGAUUUCUUGAAGAGAAUGAGGCACCUUGGAAAGAUUUCAUGCGUUAUUACAUCGGACGGGCUUUAGGCAUAAACGAUAACUCGAGACCAAAUAGUGACAUUCCAACUCCGUUUUAUAGUCAUCUUCGUGUUCUGAGAGAAUUUGCUGUUGAUUUGGACGUAUUGAAGAUUGCGUUACCCCGGUACAAGCAAGAAGCGAGUUGGCUUGGAAUCAAAGAUUUGGUCCUGGUUUAA